AUGAUGCUCACGGAAUGUGAGAGGAAACUUGGUGAAGGCCUCCUUCGGCUUCCCUUCGAACACGGUUGUCGCUAUGGACCCGAGGCCGAGCGAGAUUUGCUCGAGCUUCUCUUUCGUUCACUAGUAGGCUUCGAUGAAGACCGUUUACGUCAGCUCUUCCCGAACGGGUUUCCGGAAGGACCAUGGAAGUUAGCCGAAGCGCAAGGUGCUCAGGAAGGAGCAGAGUACACCGAAGCUGCGCGGGGGAAGCGUUGCGGCCAUAUCUUCCGGGCCGGGGAGGCAACAUAUCGAUGCGUUACCUGUGCUGUCGAUGAUACGUGCGUCUUGUGUAGUAAAUGCUUUGACGCCUCCGACCACUCGGGUCAUCAGUACCAGAUUUCGCUGUCGUCGGGUAACUGUGGUUGCUGUGACUGCGGCGACGAUGAAGCCUGGCGGUAUCCUUUGUUCUGCGCGAUCCAUACCGAUCGCGGCGAUACCAAGGGCAAGCAGCGCGCUCAGACUUUCCUGCCGCCGGAUUGGGCCGAAAAUAUCAGGCUUACGAUCUCCCGAGUGAUGGACUAUUUUUGCGAUGUCAUUUCGUGCUCUCCAGAACAGCUGAGAUUACCUAAAACAGAGGAUGGCAUAAGACAGGAUGAAGUGGCAUCCCGGCUCACCGGCGACUGGUACGGUGGCGGAGAUCAGGAGGAGGAAGAACCGGAAUGGGCUUGUGCCCUCUGGAAUGACGAAAAACAUACUAUUCGGGACGUAGCUAAUCAGGUCGCUCGGGCUUGCCGGGAACGAAUCCGCUUUGGUGAGAAAAAAGCCUACGAAACCAAUGAUAUUGGGAGGACCGUGGUCAGACAAUCCAAGGACUUGGCCCAACUGCUGAAGGUAUCCCAAGUCCUCGAGCAGAUCAAGGUUACCACUACAGUGCGAUCGGCUCGUGAUACAUUUCGUGAGCAAAUGUGCGGAACUAUUGUCGAAUGGCUUUCUGAUAUUGCUGGGUGCACCGUACUGGAGGACGAUCAGAUUUUGCGGCACGUAAUCUGCGAAGAGCUUCUCAGUCCUUGGCGACAAGGCAGUGGUGCCUAUAACGCCAGUAUUGGAUUGAAAGGCAUCGAUGACCACGCAAGGCAGGAUCAUUCGCCAUACCAUACGCUAAUGCUGGCUGCGGUUGCCCCUCAAGCUCAAGUGAUAUUCGCGCCUGAAGCGGACAUUGAAGGUGAUGAGGAAGAUAAUGGUAAUGGUAAUGAAGCAGAGGGCGACGAUGACGAGGAUCACGCCGAUACGCAUGAAGAUGCGGACGACGAGGACGAGGAGAUGGAGAUCGACUUGAACAGAUUGCGAGAAGAGGUAGAAGAAGAUGAAGAUAUGGUCAUGGGCACUAUUGAUGACAGCGUAACCUUGGAAAUGGCGAAUAUGCUCGAGGACAUGCGUCAGAGGCGGAUGGCAUUGAUGGAUGAACAGGAACGACGGGAACGGGAGGAAUUGCAAGCGCAGCAAGAGCAGUCUCGAGCGCAGGACGCACAACAGGCUCAGCACAACACUCUCCCGGCCGGUGAGGAGCACUGCGCUGACAUCUCUACCGUUGCCAUUCCUAAAACUCCCUCCGGGGUGGUCAAGCCCCCUCCAGCCAGGGCGCCAGGGUAUUGGCUGGCUCGGCCUGCUGGCUUUUCGUUCAGGGAGAACGUACCUGCCUACGAGGACUUUUAUCAGCGUACGCGACUGGACUGGAUGAUUCUCUUCGAUCUGAGAUUGUGGAAGAAAACGCGCACUGAUCUUCGCGAUCUUUACAUCGGCACCGUAGUCAGUGUUCCGCAGUUUAAACGGAUUUUGGGCUUGCGCAUGUCAGCCCUCUAUACCGCAUUGGCGCAAUUAUACCUCAUUGCCGAUAGAGAACCAGAUCACUCUAUUGUGAACCUUUCCUUGCAAAUACUGACAACGCCGUCAAUAACUGAAGAGAUUGUGCGGCGUGGAAACUUUUUGACCAAAGUGAUGGCUAUCCUGUACACGUUCUUAACCACAAGACAGGUUGGCGAGGCAUAUGAGGUCAAUCCGAACGCAACAUUGGCGUUUGACGCAGGCACAGUCACCAACCGCCGCCUUUACCACUUCUUUCUGGAUCUGCGUUACCUUUUGCAAUCCGAGUAUGUACAGCAUCACGUUCGUACCGAGGAGCAAUAUCUUUCGCAAUUCCUAGAUCUUGUCAAGCUUUCCCAGGGUAUUUGUCCGAAUAUCCGCGCAGUUGGGGAACAUGUAGAGUACGAGCCAGACGCCUGGAUAAGCGCUUCGAUUCUGAUGCGAGAAAUCAAUCGCCUCUGCCGCCAGUUUUGUGAAGCCUUCCGCAAUCCUGAAGUCGAUGGUGGAAAGAAUCUGUUCAGGGCAAUCCGAAUGGCUACUGUUUCUGCAAUUGUUCACUCCGCCGGGUUGGAGCGCCAGCGAUUCGAGCAGGCAGAGGUCAAAGAGUACGUCCGUUUCAAGCUGCUGCCGUGCUUUGAUUUCGAGGUCGACCAGACUGGUCAAAUUCCGCGUCAUCGCGUGGUAGACUUUGUCGUCGAAAAGGGGUCCAUCAGCUUUCACCAUGCACUGCAUUACACACUCUCGUGGUUGCUCGAAUGUGCGCGUAAUGUGAGCGGUGGUCAAAUGCGCGAUGUUCUCUUAGAUGCCGCUCGCAUGGCCAACGACAAUAUCAUUCGCGACAGCUCCCUCACACCCGAUGACUUCUUGCUUACCAUGUUUGACUAUCCAUUGAGAGUAUGCGCGUGGCUGGCACAGAUGAAGGCCGGAAUGUGGGUUCGCAACGGCCUCAGUCUUCGGCAUCAGAUGUCUCAGUACCGAGGCGUGUCAUCGCGUGACUUUGCAUAUUACCGCGAUAUCUUUCUGCUGCAGACCGCCUUAGUGACUUGUGAUCCAAGCAGGGUUCUAGCAUCCAUAGCAGAUCGUUUCGGCAUGGUAGACUGGAUGACCAGAAACUAUACUCCACGCGCUGGAUACGAGGAUGCGCAGAUCAUUGAUGUGGCCGAGGAGUUUGUUCACUUGUUGAUCAUCCUUCUGACUGACCGAAAUUCACUCGAGGCCAUCGACGAUAACGAAACUGUGACUCGUGACAAUAUCCGAAGAGACAUUGCCCAUGUCUUAUGCUUCAAGCCUCUUUCGUUCUCCGACCUGUCAACGCGCUUGAGCGAUAAGCUACUUGAUUCGAGCAUGUUUCAGGAGACAUUGGAAGAGGUUGCAGUAUUCCGUCCGCCUGAAGGGCUGAACGACACUGGCACUUUCGAGCUCAAGCCGAAAUAUAUUGAUCUCAUUGACCCUUAUAGCGCUCAUUAUACCAAAAAUCAACGAGAUGAGGCAGAAAGCAUCUACAGGGAAUGGGUAGCUAAAAAGACGGGAAAGAAAGCGUCAGAUAUCGUUUUUGAGCCCCAUCUGCGACCUAUCACUUCCGGCGCUUUCUCUGAUCUUUCCCACUUCACGAAGACUCCACUGUUCGCUCAGCUUAUCCAUCAUUGCCUUGAUUAUGUCAUGUCGUCAAAGGAUUGUUCACCGAACAUCCCAUCUACCCGCGUCGAAACCUUCCUUCAAGUGGUAUUACAUCUCAUCCUGGCCGCCACUCUUGAGGACAAUAGUCAGGAAGACGAGAUGGCGGAUGAGGCGAGGGAAUCAUUCAUUUCCAAUGCAUUGUCCAGAGCCAGAGGGACUCAGGCGGGCAAUCUGACCAUCAUCGGCUUGCUAGAGAAAAUAUCCGUCAUGCCCGAAUUCUCCGCCUGCGGGCCGAAGAUCCGUCACAUUCUCAAGCGUCUAUGGCAGAAGCGCCCCCGGGCGUACGCUUCUGCUACGGCGUCCUUGACGUUCCCAUUCGACAGAGUGGACACGAAUUCUCCUGCCAUUGACGUCGAUAGUGAAAAGGAGUUGAAGAAGAAACAAGCACUUGAGCGACAGGCAAGGGUGAUGGCUCAAUUUCAACAACAGCAGCAGAAUUUCCUAAAUAGUCAAGGCGCCAUUGACUGGGGAGAGGAGGAUUUCAGCGAUCUUGAGUCGGAGCCCGAGGCCGCUCCCGAGGCCAAGCUCUGGAAGUACCCCAGUGGAACCUGUAUUCUCUGUCAAGAAGAAACGAAUGAUUCGAGACUAUACGGCACAUUUGCCCUGGUUCAGGACAGCAAUAUUCUGCGACAGACUGACGUUCAGGAUCCCGACUGGAUCAGAGAAGUGCUCAAGACACCGUUAAGUCUUGACAAGUCUGCUGAGGACAUUCGGCCAUUUGGCGUAGCAGGUGAGAACCAGAUCACCGUGAAACGAUUGGACUCUACUGGCGGUGAGGUCAUCAGUGAGAAGAUCGGUCUUAGCAAAGGGUUCGAUGCGAAGAACACGGUUCGUGGGCCUGUGACGACUGGCUGUGGGCACAUCAUGCACUUUUCAUGUUUCGAAGUCUAUUAUGCAGCCACCCAGCGUCGUCAUACUCACCAAAUCGCGCGAAACCAUCCUGAGCGCUUGUUCCUUAAGGAAUUCGUCUGUCCACUUUGCAAGGCCCUCGGGAACGCGUUUCUUCCGAUCGUUUGGAAAGGCAAGGAGGAGUCAUAUCCCGGCCCUCUUAGCACCACCGUUCCAUUUAACAGCUUUCUAAGCACGGAACUCAGAACUGCGCUGUCUCAGCCGCAGAAUCAUGCUAUCCUUGUAGGGGAGGACUCGUUGCAACUGCAGUUAUAUCAGGAUAUGUUCCUUGACUACCUUCAAAGGGCGUUUGUUCCUCCCGUUGCCAAUCGGAUUGAGCAAUUGGUGUCCGGUUCUCCGCCACCGACGACUGAGCACCCCCCUCAAGUAAGAAUGCCGAUGCCAGGUUUGUUCCCAUCCCACGAAGACGCCAGCGCAUCCAGCCCACUACAACCGGUCUCGUCGACUCCGGAUGAAAGCCCCAUGUUUGAGCUUUUGCAAAUCUACAAGCGUCUAAAGAAGACUCUCCGAACGAACCAUAUCCAUUCGACUUUCAAUCACCCCCCUGAAACUAUCCACAACGUUAACGACGAUCUCGUUCACACGGACUCUUUGUUCUCAAGCUUCGGUUACAGCAUCGCCGCUGUCGAAAUCGCCCAGCGCGGUGUCGAAUCGGAAGCAGGGUCAACUCUGCUCGAUAAGAUUCCCCAGUUGACCCUCACGCAUCUCCGGGUGCUGGCCGAAACUGCCUUAUCAUAUGCUGCAGUCGGGUGUUUGUACAAGAGCGGCGGUAAUCACAGCCGUGCUGCCGAUGAAUUUCAGGAAAUACAUCGUCAGAAGAUUUGCCAGUUAUUUGUUGGCUAUCCUUUUUUGGUCGGCACAGCACUGCUCGAUGGAGCGCGUGAUAUUGAGCCCAUGCUGGCCAAGGAUACAUUUGUCUUCCUGGCAGAAUGCUCCCUGUCUCUGUUGCCCGUGCUGAAGAUUGAUGUACACCACCUCGUCCAGCUGUGCUAUGUGGCCGAGAUCGUCAAAGUGGCCAUGACCUACAUCUUGCAUCCUCAAGGACUGAAGAAGGAACUUGCCGAACACGGAGACGCGCAUUAUCUCUUGGACGUUGAGCUAUCGGAUGAGCGGUAUGAGUAUACUCGCCAUUUCUUCAACGCCAUCGUCGGUGAGUUGAGGGAGAACUCGUUCCGUCAUGAUGAAGGAUCCUCGUUUGCUGCAGACAGUGGCUACGUUAAGGAUGGCGAGGAUUCAGCAACACCAGGUAUAAUCAUCGCGCUGAGGCGGCUAGUAUCGAGCUACGCCCUAGCCUUCCUCCGAAAGGUUGUCAUCCUGCUUCACGUGCAGCAUGGCGUCGAGUUCCUGACCGCUGGAUUCAACGAUAUGGGAGCUUCAGAGCUAGACCGCCUGACAAAACUGCUGCAACUUCCCUCUCUCGACGACAUAUUCUCGUCUGUCAACCCUGCGAAGAAAGCCAACGAGCUUGAUGCCGUGGUUGCCGGCUGGAUCUCUCACUGGAACAGUUCUCGCGUGGGCACCCGCAUUACGGACCACCAAUUGUGGCCAAGUCUUCCUCAUCCGGCUAUCUUCGAGCUGAUCGGGCUCCCGAAAUACUACGACAUCUUGAUCGAAGAAGUCAACCGGAGACGGUGUCCGAAGACGAAGAAGGAAUUGACAGACCCCAGUAUUUGCCUUUUCUGUGGAGAUAUCUUCUGCUCGCAAGCUGUGUGCUGCUCGGUGGACAAUAGAAUAGGCGGCUGUAACCAGCAUCUGCAGAAAUGUGGCAAAAACGUGGGCCUCUUCAUCAACAUACGCAAAUGCGCGAUCCUCUACCUCCAUAACAAGAACGGCUCCUGGCACUUUGCUCCAUACCUUGACCGCCAUGGCGAGGUUGAUCCCGGGCUCCGACGAAAUCGGCAACUGAUUCUGAAUCAAAAACGAUACGAUCGCCUCCUCCGUGAUGUGUGGCUGAAUCACAACAUUCCUGCCACGAUCAGUCGCAAGCUGGAGGCAGACAUCAAUAACGGGGGAUGGGAAACCCUUUGA